UGAAGGACAGGAGCUGAGCCCAAGACACAAGCGUGGCAGGGUGGUCUGAUCCACAUCACAGAUGGUGGCAGGGCUCCCUUCAGCCCUCACAGUGCUCGCAGCACAUCGCUGAGCUGCACCACCCACCUGCCAGCAAACAGCAGAAAACAGAACGGGCUAUUUUAGGACAGGUUGAAACGAGCAAAGCUACACCUGUUUUCAUUUCUGUGAGUGCAUCACAGUGAGCCCUGCACGAGGGCUGGCAGCUCAGAGUGCAGCAUACUGAAUGCUCUUGGCAUUGCAUCUCCUAUUUCACUCCCAAAAAAUCUGGAAUGCAAAAAGUUCAAUAGCCUUUUUGCCUGAGUACACAAUUGAAAGACUGCUCAUUUCUCAACUAGCCAAGUUCUGGUCUUGCAGCUUUCUCUGGCAGCCAGUGAAUGCCUAAUAGAUAAAUUCCAACUUUCCUUCUUGUUUUCUUCGUAUGUUUCCUUAUGGUAUAUAUAAGAUAAGAAAAUAUUUAUUCCCAUUUGUGAUAUUUCUGUCCUGGGCAGCACUGGAAUUAUUUGUUAAGAUGGCACGAUAGCCCGUGGUUAUUUCUCCUCCACUCUCUCUUAUUUCACAUUUUGUGGAGGUCCCCUGAGCUCAUUCCCACCUCAUUAAGAUCAACUUUUAAUAGGUACAAAGUGAUGCGCACUCUUUGCCGCGGUGCACGCCGGGACUUGUAGUCCUCUCCCGUCCGUCCCGCUCCACGUGACCGUGGCUCAGCCAAUCACAGCGUCCAGGCGUCGCCGUGGCAACCGCCGGUAAACAAGAUGGCGGUGCGGGCGCUGAGAGCGGAGUGAGUGCUGCGGGACGGGCGGCCUGCCUCGGGCCUCGGGCCUCCCCGCGGAGCCAACGCCGAGAGUCUGGGGUGACACAGCCUUCCCCUAAGGCAGCCUUCCUUUGCAGGGACAACACUAAAAAAGAAUAUAUGACAUCACAGAAUGGCUUAGGUUGGAAGAGACCUUAAAGAUCAUCUAGUUCACCACUUCACAGAGUGAAGUCUCUCAGAGAUAAGGAGGUUCUUGACCAUCAUAGUCUCUCAGUGACAGUCUGGUGGACUGAGUACCCCAGGCCAGGGCUAUUUGGUGUUGUCUCCCCCUCACGUACACAACAUGCUGCCAUUGACAUAGCCACCUCCCUACCAGGAGCUCUCAAAGAUAAGAGCUGAGGGAUUUCCACCCCACACCUGCCAAAGGUACAGUUCCCACUGACAUGGAGCUCAUGUCAUCCAUGAUGCAAAAAAUCAGUCUGUUGGAACAAAAAAUAGAUAAACAAGCGCAAGAAAUCCAGCUGAAGGACAGGAAGAUUGCGGAGCUUGAGGAGAAGAUGAAGACUCUUCAGAAAGGAGAAGAUGGUCCUGAAUCAUCCGCAGCAGAGGAUCUGGAAACGAGGUGCCUUCAGCUGCAGACUCAGGUCUGGGAGAUGGAGCGGUUUCUAAAUGACUAUGGUCUGAUCUGGGUUGGAGACAGACACGAAGAGCUGGAAGACUUGGAGUCACUCAGAGAUGACGAACUGCUGGCAAAGAGGUUCUGGAAGCCAGGUGAGGCAGUUGUUUCCAAACACCAGGUUGAUUUUGAUUUAAUCUUGGAAAACGUGAAGAGUUUGAACAUGCUGGCUGGAGAUGGUGUCUCUCACGUUGAGCACACACCGGGAGGAGCUCGGCUGAGGCAGCCAGAACCCCUCCCUCUGACACUGUAUCAGAAUGGGAUCGUCAUGUUGGAUGGACCCUUUCGCUCCUAUGAGGAACAGUCUGCUCAGCAAUGCCUGCAGGAUAUUAUGGAUGGUUAUUUCCCUUCAGAGUUGCAGGCACGCUACCCAGAUGGUGUUCCUCUGCAGGUCACUGACAGAAGAGAUGUGGUAUUUCAGGAGAGAGACCUUCCUGGGAGUUUUCCUGGUCAUGGCCAAGUUGUUGGCCAUUCAAAACUAAGCAGGGUGGAGGAACCCACCGAGAUCCCAGGUCCCACACCCUCUCUGGAGCAGUUUUGGAACAAAUACUCUACGUCAUCAAUGCACAGCGAAGCAAUGGCCACCCAAGACACAGUCGGAGCAAUGCAGCAGGGCUCUGAGGGGGUGCGGAGCAGCAAAGAGAUCGUGGUGGGGACACCCGGGCUGCCUGCCCUGCAGAGCUUAGAGAGAGCUGAAGAGGCUGGAGCUUCUGCCCCUGAAGUCUGCACUCUCCGCAUCAAAUCUGAGAGUGGGGAGCAGAUGUAUGUCAUAAAGAUGCUGUUCUCAGAGACAAUAGGGGACCUGCGCCUACACCUUGCCCAUGCCAGGGGUGGAGAUUCCGACUCAUAUGAGAUCAUCAGUACCUUUCCCCAGAGGGUGUACGCGGACAACUCCAGGAGCCUGCAGGAAUGUGGGCUGAUCCCCAGUGCCUCCUUGCUGCUGCGGAGAAGAGACCCCUUCCCACCAGAGGGGACGGGACUGCAAACAGCCUAGCAGCUCCUCUGCAGGAAGAAAAAGCUAUCUUGCAAUGUUAGCUGAAUUACAACAUCCCCUGGCUGGGAAGAGAGCAGAGUUGUCUUUCCAGAUCUAGUUUCAUUGUGCCGUUACCUGGGAUGGAGAACAAGGUUCCUUCUUCGAUCUCUCCCUUUAGCAGAGUGCUGCAUGCCAGCCCGUGUUCUGCUGCUCCCCAGGUGGAUGGUUGCUCUUCCCCAGAUCAGGUGGGCUGCUAUCACAGGGAUUUCUGUUAGCUCAAGGCAGAGGCCUGGUUAUAUUGGCUGGAGGUUAUAUUGGCUGAUCUCUGCUCAGGGAAGGCUGCCAGCUUUGCAUUGGUACCAGGGCAGUUACUUACUUGGACUCAGGGAUUCUCUACAGCAGCAGAUAUCUGGGCAGGACAGACAAACAGCAAGGGUCAAUCUACUUUCCACAGAGUUGCUGCCCAGAGAUUUCAACUGCAUUUAUACCAAAGUAAUGCAGGCUCAAUUAUAUGGUCUUGAGCAAUGGCCUUGGGCCGUUGCAAUACUGGGACUGAGCCAGCCUCCUUCCAGCCAGGAGAUCCUGCUGCUGGGUUUCCUGGACGUGAGCAACUCCUUUCCUUGGACAGCCCCCAGCUGCAGAAGGGCCGAGGCUCACAGCCACAUAGAGCAGAGCCUGCUGUGACUUCAAGCUGCUGCCUUCCUCCAUCCCAGCCUGCUGCUUUGCUGCAACAGGACACCGUGUCAUUGGAGAAGAGCAUAAUCCCUUUGCUUCUCUGCUGAACCCUGAGAGUAAAGCAUCUUCCUCUCCUUUAGGCUGGGGCCACGCUCUGCAGGCCCCUUUCUGUGCACAUUCUUCCCAUUUCAGCUCUGACAAGCUCCCACUUGACUCCCAGCUGAUAACACUCCCACGUGUGCAAGGCAGCGCCUUCUGGCAGCUUCCCUUUUAGCAGAAGCCCAACACGUGCCAUCACCCAGCCCUCUUUAAAGGCUCCUGAUAAAAACAUUUAUUUGGUUGUAAUUUCCACUUUCAUUAAGAAGCAGCUAGACACAGAAAUAGGGCAGGCUGGUCUGAGCACUUCCUGGGGCAGCUCUGCUU